AUGGUCAAAACAGUGGUUGCAACAGGCACAUCCUCCGGUUUGGGCUUUGAAGCCAUCAAACAGCUGCUCCAGCAGUCGGAGCCAUACCAUUUCAUUCUGGGAGUGCGGGACGCAACCAAGACUCAGGCCAAGUAUGAUUGUCUUGACUUUGACAAGAGCAAGCACACGAUUACCGUUUUCUCGCUGGAUCUUCUAUCCCUGGCAAGUGUGCAGUCAUUUGCAGGAAACGUCCUUUCUCAGUUGGGGGCUCAGACGCUCGAUUAUCUGUUCCUUUGUGCUGGCAUGCUAGAUAGCGCCGAUGGACCUGGACCCAAUGGCUCGCCAUGGUGCUCGGGGUGCGUUGUCAACCAUUUAGCCCAGCAUUAUUUGAUUCAUUUACUGCAUGACACUCUCUCUACGUCUCAAUCGCGAGUUGUCGUUGUUUCUUCGGGUGCCAUCCGCAGAGUGAGAGACCAGAAUCCAGAAACGCUCGACGUAGACCUUAAGGCAAAUUCUAAAGCAGGGGUGAGGACCGUAUACAGUGCGUCGAAGUUCGUACAGCUACUCGGCGCAUUGAACUGGCGCCGCGAGCUUCUCUCGUGCACGGUCAUUGCCGUCUCACCGGGCCUGAUUCCCAGCACAAAUUUGGCCACUGAUCUGGGUUUGUCGAUGGAUAUGCCCGAUGCGAAAACCAUUCCCGAGGGGGCCCAGAACCUUCUUCGCGCAUUUGCUGCGACCGAUCUCCCGUCUGAUCCAGAGCAGAUCUUUUUGACGAGCUGGGGGGAGUGGUGGCCGAAGGAUGUAUAUGCUUUGGCUCUUGACGAGAAGCUACAAAAAAAUGGUGUUUAA